GGCGCGCAGCACUGGUCCUUUUCCCGCUAGAGCUGCGAAAAAUUUACUAUAAAUGUGUCGAUUUAUUUUCGAUCUUUAACAAAAUAUGAACGAUUAAAUCGAAAACACUAUUAUUUGUUUUUAAAUUUAAUGAGAUCCGUAAAAAAAAAUAAAUAAAAUAAAUUUGUUCGAAUUAAAUAAAGAAAAUUAAUGUUCAAUACCAUUAAUAAGUAUAUUCUUAGAAAAUAGCAAACGAAAGAAAUUAAAUUACAUAAACCACUGGUUUUUGCUGGCAAAAACGAACUUAUUUAUAGUUUUAGGUACAGUGAUUGUUUUAAACCCAAAUCGAUGCAUCGACCAAAACGGAAAGAAACGAUGUAAUCGAUGUUGACAUCGAUUUUCUCCCAGCUCUAUUGUCCGCUCCGCCAAUUCCACCAUCCCGUCGCCUGCUUGGACCACCUGCACCCAAUGACAACGAUGCAACGCCUCCUUUGUGGACCGAGGGAAUCUCUGGCUGGCUGCAAGUGACAAGCGGCGAGCGAUAUCGAAGCACCAACGAAAACCAAAUCCUGACCAGCAACGAAGCGACGAAAUGAAGCUGUUGGGCAAAUACGUGGACAAGGGCAUGCAGGGCAACAUAACCCUGAUGCCGGAGGAGUCGGAGGACAUGUGGCAUGCCUACAAUCUGAUAGCCGAGGGCGACAGCGUGCGCAGCACCACCAUCCGCAAGGUGCAGAAUGAGACGGCCACCGGCUCUUCCACUAGCAGUCGCGUCCGCACCACGCUGACCAUCGCCGUGGAGAGCAUAGACUUCGACACGCAGGCGUGCGUGCUCCGGCUGAAGGGGCGGAACAUCGAGGAGAACCAGUACGUCAAGAUGGGCGCCUACCACACCCUGGAUCUGGAGUUGAAUCGCAAGUUUGAGCUGCGGAAGCCCGAGUGGGACACCAUUGCCCUGGAGCGCAUCGAGAUGGCCUGCGAUCCCACACAGUCGGCGGAUGUGGCCGCCGUCGUAAUGCAAGAGGGCUUGGCCCACGUCUGCCUCAUCACGGCCAGCAUGACGCUGGUGCGUAGCAAGAUCGAGGUCUCGAUUCCGCGCAAACGCAAGGGCAGCGUCCAGCAGCACGAGAAGGGUCUGGCCAAGUUCUACGAGCAGGUGAUGCAGAGCAUCCUGCGGCACGUCAACUUCGACAUCGUCAAGUGUGUGCUUAUUGCCUCGCCGGGUUUUGUGCGGGAUCAGUUCUACGAUUACAUGUUCCAGCAGGCGGUGAAGAUGGACUACAAGCUGCUGCUGGACAACAAGAGCAAGUUCAUGCUGGUGCACGCCUCCUCGGGAUUCAAGCACUCCCUGAAGGAAGUUCUUCAAGAUCCUGCCGUUCUGUCCAAAAUGUCCGACACCAAGGCUGCCGGCGAGGUCAAGGUGCUGGAACAGUUCUAUAUGAUGCUACAAUGUGAGCCCUCCAAGGCCUUCUACGGCAAGAAGCACGUCCUCCAGGCCGCCGAAUCCCAGGCCAUUGAAACGCUGCUCAUCUCGGAUAAUCUCUUUAGAUGUCAAGACGUCAAUCUCAGGAAGGAGUAUGUCAAUCUGGUCGAAUCUGUUCGCGAUGCUGGCGGCGAGGUGAAAAUCUUUUCCAGCAUGCACAUCUCAGGAGAACAACUUGCUCAACUGACUGGAAUCGCAGCUCUCUUGCGCUUCCCCAUGCCGGAACUGGAGGAAAGCGAUGAUGAUGACGACGAAGAGGGAGCGGCGGGAGGAGAUGAUAGCGAUAGCGACUAGGAAUGAAAUAUAUAUAGAAUAUAAUCUUGGCAUUUGUUAAGAGGAGCUGUAAUUGUGCUAGCGAUGGAUAACAAGAGUAGAGAUUUAGAGAAAUAGGAACCACGACAGACUUGGACUGCGUCAGGGCAUAUACAAUAUAAAUAGUGCUAAUUCGAUACGAUAUAUACUAGAGGUUUAC